AUGGCAAGUGCCUGCACGAACCUCACCGGUGCUACGCGCUUGGUGCGACUGCUCAGGAUCGAAGGCUUCAGUGCGACCGGGAGCAUGGACGGCGCCGGCGGCCAAUUCAUGACAUCUAGAUGGAACGUCGGCGGCCACGACUGGGGAGUCCGUAUCUAUCCUGCAGCCAAGGGGGCCUCUUCCACUGGCAGUUUCUGGGUAGUAUUGCAGCUUGUCAAUAAUAGCCCCAUGGGUGCGAUGGAAUGCAGGGCGAGCUUAGCCUGUCGUGUCAUAGAUCCGACUGCGGAGCUUAAGCCAUCACGAGAAAAGAUCGUGGCGGGCAACAACUUUGGCUAUAACCAAGAGAACAGAUACUUGAUUCUCAUGAGCAGAGAUGAACUGGCCUCAUCGGGUUAUCUCAAGGAUGAUACUCUCACUCUGCAAUGUACCAUCACAGUUCUCAACGUUUUACCCGUACCAACUAUCCGAGCUGAAGAAGUACCAACAACAAUCCCAGAUGAAGAAGAAGCGACCGCCGUGCUGCUACCCAGCAACCUGCACCAGCACCUCGGCGAACUCCUGCAGAGUGAGGCCGGAGCGGAUGUCACGUUUCUCGUGUGCGGCGAGUCCUUUGCUGCGCACAAGAACAUACUUGCCGCAAGGUCUCCUGUGUUUAAGGCCGAGUUCUUUGGAGGCAUGAAGGAGGAAUGCUCGCGACAAGUGGAGAUCAAGGACAUGGAGGCGGCAACGUUCAGGGCCAUGUUGCACUUCAUCUACACGGACACGGUGCCCGAACUCGAUCAGCCGCUGGAGCUGGCGGUCAUGAUGGCUCAGCAUCUCCUUGCAGGCGCUGACAGGUACGGGCUGGACAGGCUCAAGCUGAUUUGUGAGAUAAAGCUCGCCAAUGGCAUCACCGUUGACACAGCAGCUACGACGCUGGCCUUGGCCGAGCAGCACAACUUUUCGCAGCUCAAGGCCAAGUGUGUUGAGUUCAUCAUCAGCACUCCUGCAGUCCUUGAUGCCGUAUUGGAGACUGAGGGGUAUGAGCAUCUCGCGGCAAGCUGCCCUUCGGUCCUGGCUAACCUGCUCAAGUCUGCCCGUGCGAGAAAGAACUGA